ACAGCGUUUUGCAUCGGUGUUCUAGGAGCGUGCGGUCACUCGAUUUUGUUGGUGUCUACACAGCCCGUGCAAGCGCCAUGCGAACGGUGCUAUGCAUGUCCUCUUCGUAUACAUCAUCAAUGUAACACCUCGAGCACUGCACUGCCGUUACAUUUACUCGUAAUUUCUAAUGUCUAAGAGGAUUUCCGUUUAUUUUGUUCCAUCGUUCAUGUCAAGACGGUCGCUAGAAUUAUUGCUGUGGUCUCCUCCAGCACCGACCGAAAAGGAUUUGUGUGUGAUCAAAAUUUAAUUUUGACAUUAUUUCAUUUUUAAUAUAUUUAGCUAAUAUAAAUAUGGCCAGCGAUUCUCCUGCAAGAAGUCUGGAUGAAAUCGACCUCUCUGCUCUGCGGGACCCGGCGGGCAUUUUUGAGCUGGUGGAACUAGUUGGGAAUGGAACGUACGGGCAGGUCUACAAGGGUCGUCAUGUCAAGACGGGCCAGCUCGCCGCCAUCAAAGUCAUGGACGUCACUGGGGAUGAAGAGGAGGAGAUUAAGCAGGAGAUUAACAUGCUGAAGAAGUACUCGCACCACCGCAAUAUUGCCACGUACUAUGGCGCCUUCAUCAAGAAAAACCCACCAGGAAUUGAUGACCAGCUCUGGCUGGUGAUGGAGUUCUGUGGCGCUGGCUCGGUGACAGACCUGAUAAAGAACACCAAGGGGAACUCGCUGAAGGAGGAGUGGACGGCCUACAUCUGCAGGGAGAUCCUCAGAGGUUUGACUCACCUCCACCAGCACAAAGUCAUCCACCGGGACAUCAAGGGCCAGAACGUCCUGCUCACGGAGAACGCCGAGGUCAAACUAGUGGAUUUUGGUGUGAGCGCACAGCUCGAUCGGACCGUGGGCCGCAGGAACACUUUCAUCGGGACGCCGUACUGGAUGGCCCCUGAAGUCAUCGCCUGUGACGAGAACCCCGACGCCACGUAUGACUUUAAGAGUGACCUGUGGUCACUAGGAAUCACAGCCAUAGAGAUGGCAGAAGGAGCUCCACCACUGUGUGACAUGCAUCCUAUGAGGGCACUCUUCCUGAUUCCCAGGAAUCCAGCCCCCAGACUCAAGUCCAAGAAGUGGUCCAAGAAGUUCCAGUCCUUCAUAGACAGCUGCCUGGUGAAGAGUCACGGACAGCGGCCCAGCACUGAGCAGCUACUCAAACACCCCUUCAUCCGGGACCAGACCAAUGAGAGGCAGGUCCGCAUCCAGCUCAAGGACCACAUUGACCGUACCAAGAAGAAGCGAGGGGAGAAAGAUGAGACUGAGUAUGAGUACAGCGGGAGUGAGGAAGAGGAGGAUGACAAUGACAUGGGAGAACCCAGUUCCAUCAUCAACAUCCCCGGGGAGUCCACCUUGAGGCGGGACUUCUUGCGCCUGCAGCUGGCCAAUAAGGAGCGGUCGGAGGCGCUGCGCAGGCAGCAGCUGGAGCAGCAGCAGAACGAGGAGCACAAGCGCCAGCUGCUGGCCGAGAGGCAGAAGCGCAUCGAGGAGCAGAAGGAGCAGCGGAGGAGGCUGGAGGAGCAGCAGCGUCGGGAGCGGGAGCUGAGGAAGCAGCAGGAGCGGGAGCAGCGCCGGCGAUAUGAAGAGAUGGAGCAGCUCAGGAGGGAGGAGGAGAGGAGGCAGGCAGAGCGUGAGCAGGAGUAUAUCAGGAGACAGUUGGAGGAGGAGCAGAGGCAGCUGGAGAUCCUGCAGCAGCAGCUCCUCCAGGAGCAGGCUCUUCUUCUGGAGUACAAGCGGAAGCAGCUGGAGGAGCAGAGGCAGGCUGAGCGGCUCCAGAGGCAGCUCCAGCAGGAGAGGGCCUACCUGGUCUCCCUCCAGCAGCAGCAGCAGCAAGACUCCCGGUCCAGCGACAAGAAGCUCUACCACUACAAGGACUCCGUCAACCCCAAUGACAAACCCGCCUGGGCCAAAGAGGUCAUGCAAAGGUCCAAAAGUAACUCUCCCCGCAUCCCGCCUCGACAGCACCACUCCUUCAGCCACGGGGAGGCCCGUCCCACCCGCUUCCUCCGCCUCCCCGACCACGCCCCCUAUCACCAGUCCUCCACCCCCCCUAACCCACCCCCUCGCAGCAGGGAGGAGGCCAUAGAGCAGCUGCGGAGACCCUCCCAGAACAUACCCAAAAUUAGGGUGUGGAGUGAGCUGGACCUCCUGGACCUUGCCCAGGACAUUAACGAUCAUGUUCGUGACUUGAAGGCCCAGCGGUCCGGGGCGGGGCACCGUGGGCGCAGCCCCGGCCGGGACCACCGAGCGGUGGAGGAGCGGUCCAAACUGAACCGCCAGAGCUCGCCGGCACUGCAGCACAAGGUGGCCAAUCGGAUUUCGGACCCCGCCCUGCCGCCCCGCUCCGAGUCCUUCAGCAGUGGUGGCAUCCAGCCCGCCAGGACCCCGCCCAUGCACCGGGCUGUGGAGCCCCAGAUGGCCCACCUGGUCCCAGUGAAGUCCCACAGCUCCUCCAUGACGGGGUCCCAGUCCCUCCACGACCAGUCCGCCAAGGGCGUGUCCGCCUUCCAGGAGGGCCUGGUCUCCCAGCGACCCGAGAUGCCGCGGCAGAACUCGGACCCCACCUCCGAGACUCCCCCGCUGCCCCCCCGCAUCGCCAGCCGCGAGGACAAGUUCGACCGCACCUCCUGGCUGAGGGAGGAGGACAUCCCGCCUAAGGUGCGGCCAUCUCUGGUUCCACAGAGGACCACCUCCAUCUCCCCGGCCCUUGUGAGGAAGAACUCUCCUGGGAAUGGAGCUGGAGGCCUGGGGCCCAGAACCGGGUCCCAGCUGAUCCGGGCCAGCAAUCCGGACCUGCGCAAGAUGGACCUCACCGUGGAAACGGCCCUCCAGAGGACAAGCAGUGGGAGCUCGUCCAGCUCUAGCACCCCCAGCUCCCAGGCUGGGUCCAGCGAGAGAAACCGGGUCAGAGGGUCUGUUAGGCCAGACAGUUCCCCUGUGGUGUCCCUGGAGACCCCCAAAGCCAAACAGCAGGAGGACAGUCGGGAGGUGACCAGGCCAAGCCGACCAGCGGACCUCACUGCUCUUGCCAAGGAGCUACGUGAGCUGCGGACAGAUGACACCCACCGGCCGCCUGUGAAGGUGACGGACUACUCGUCCUCCAGCGAGGAGUCGGAGAGCAGCGAGGAUGAUGGAGAGAGCGAGGGGCAGGACGGCACUGUGCCGGUCAGCGACAUCCCGCGCAUCAUGCCAUCCGCAGGGGCAAACGAGUCAUAUGGCGUAGACGUGGGUAGCCAUGACGAUUCCCGCAGUGAUGCCUACAGCGGUGGCUCCAAGGAUGGCACCAUGGUGAUGAGGGAGACACUGGGGGAUAGAGUGCGCACUGGCCAUGCCGAGAGCAAUGGCUUCGCUGGCCCCGUCAAUCUGCCAGACUUGGUGCGUCAAAGCCACUCCCCCUCGGCCACGCCCGCCGAGGGCCUGGGCCAGCUCUCCAGUAUGCAUGCGCAAGACCUGGACACCGUUGCCGAAUAUGGCAUGGGGGGCGGAUCCAAGGCCUCCUUCACCCCCUUCAUGGACCCACGGGUGUACCAGAACUCCCCCACGGAUGAUGACGACGAGAAUUCGGCAGCAGACCAGUUUAACAACGAACUCCUGAGGCAGGAGCAGGCCAAGCUGAACGAGGCGCGCAAGAUCUCCGUCGUCAACGUCAACCCCACCAACAUCCGGCCCCACAGCGACACGCCUGAGAUUCGCAAGUACAAGAAGCGCUUCAACUCGGAGAUCCUGUGCGCCGCCCUCUGGGGGGUCAACCUGUUGGUGGGCACCGAGAACGGACUGAUGCUGCUGGACCGCAGCGGGCAGGGGAAGGUCUACAACCUCAUCAACCGCCGACGAUUCCAACAGAUGGACGUCCUGGAGGGCCUCAACGUCCUGGUCACCAUUUCAGGGAAGAAGAACAAGCUGAGGGUGUACUACCUGUCCUGGCUGCGGAACAGGAUUCUGCACAACGACCCAGAGGUGGAGAAGAAGCAGGGCUGGAUCACCGUGGGAGAGCUUGAGGGCUGUGUCCACUACAAAGUUGUGAAAUAUGAGAGAAUCAAGUUCUUGGUGAUUGCUCUGAAGAACUCUGUGGAGAUCUAUGCCUGGGCACCAAAACCAUACCAUAAAUUCAUGGCUUUCAAGUCUUUUACAGAUCUCCAGCACCGGCCCCAACUGGUGGACCUGACUGUGGAGGAAGGUCAAAGGUUAAAGGUUAUCUAUGGGUCCAGCGUGGGUUUUCACGUGAUCGAUGUGGAUUCGGGCAAUCCUUAUGAUAUCUACAUCCCGUCCCACAUUCAGAGCAGUAUCACCCCACACGCCAUUGUGGUGCUCCCCAAGACUGACGGAAUGGAGGUGCUUCUGUGUUAUGAAGAUGAGGGGGUCUAUGUGAACACAUACGGCAGAAUCACCAAAGACGUGGUGCUCCAGUGGGGGGAGAUGCCCACCUCCGUUGCCUACAUCCACUCCAACCAGAUCAUGGGGUGGGGAGAGAAGGCCAUUGAGAUCCGCUCCGUGGAGACGGGACACCUCGACGGAGUUUUCAUGCACAAGCGAGCUCAGCGACUGAAGUUCCUCUCCGAGAGGAAUGACAAGGUCUUCUUUGCCUCAGUCAGAUCCGGAGGCAGCAGCCAAGUUUUCUUCAUGACUCUGAACAGGAACUCUAUGAUGAACUGGUAACCCACUUGCACCCCUUCCCCCUACCUCCCCACCCCUCCCCCUCCAUGCCCCACGCCAUUGCUCGCACCUCUGUCCACAUGCCGUCAGUCUCUCCAGUAUCACCCUUGUGAACUCCAGGUAUACAUUAACACUGAGCAAAGGAGGAAGACAAGGAAGAGGAAGAGAUAAAGAGUGAGGAAACAAAGUGCUGUUACUCAAAUCAUGGUCCUCAGGUGCAGAGAACUGCCUGUUUUCCACCCUCCUUUUACUUGGGAGUCUGGUGUGAAGACAGUCUGGCCAAUCCGUAGCACUACUUCUUCAGUUAAUUACCUGGGAGAAAAGAAAUCCAGGGCCGGAUUUGGAUUUGAGGGCCAGAUUUGAGUAUCCAUUAAACAAAGGGACCAAGGACCGUGGAUGCUGGCAGAGUAAAGCUGCAGAGGGAAUCACCAGAAAUAACUCUUUUACCUCCAGCAGGGGGUGGAAGGGAGCAGCAUACCCCUUCGUAGCCCUUUGGGUAUCGGUCUGGACAGUGUGAGGUUUGUGGUUGAUCACCUCUUUAUUGUCUCAUCCUAUGAUUGGUUCUCCAUGUUUGUGAGUGGGCUGGCCUCGGAGUGUGGGCUAAAUUGGAGACCUUCUGGUCGUCAGGAUGCCAGUGAUGAUUAAGAGACUUAUGGGCUUCAGGACAACAACCACACAUGAAUAUGUGGGUGUCUCAUACACACACCCACACACGCACAUUCGCUCCCAUUCACUCAAGCACACAGAUACAGACACACACAGACACAUUCACACAACUGUUCUUCCUGCUUCUGGGCCAUAAAUCAGCAGAACAUACAACACUGUCACUUUCUUUUGGUCUGAAUCCAUUCUCUGGCUGGUAAGUCCUACAGUCCUUGCUUUCUGGUUCAGGGUGUAUGUGUGCAUGCAAGUGGCAUCUACUUUACAAGUUAUGGGAACUGCCACACAGUGGAUCUGACAGGGGCUUCUUGCACUGUGGAUGUCAGGUGUCUGUGCCCUCUUGCCAAGUCUUACCACAUCACAUUACAUUACCAACAGAUUAUUUGGCAUUGAUGUAUCUGCAGUCACAGCCCUUAGUGCCCCCCCCCCCCCCAUGCACACAUACACACCAUGAUGCUGGGUGCUUUACAUGAGUCUCUCGUGUGUUCUUCCUCUGAUAGUUUAGCUAGUUUUAUUACUCCUUCCAGGUUUUUCGUAGGGUGUUUAAGUAGCUCACCUGUUUUUCCUUCUUUAAGUAACUGCACAUGUGGGUUGCCUGGAGAUUUAUUUCUUCAUCCUUUUGAAUGGUCAGAAAAUUCAUUCUAAAUGGAUCUGGUCUCACACUGCACAGCAUUCCUGCCAUUUUCUGAAUAUUAUAAUCUAUAUGUUUACAAAGGUUUAUUCUGUAAGUUUCUGCAAAUCAGGUAUAGUAUCUUUUCUCAAAGGAAAAAGGGAGCAAACCAUCUCGGAAACAAAACUGUGACCACUGAUCUUCAGGUCAUGAGCCCAAAGUGAGUUUUCAGGGUGUUAUCCUGACUAUGUAAGUUUGGUCCCCCUAAGUCAAAGUAAUGUCACACUAGGCUCAGAGAAGGAGGCUUUUAUUCUGAAGAGGGAGCACAAACCAGGAAAUGGAUGAGAUACGUGCCAAAACUCACAAAAUAAGUGUUUUGUUAAUACUGAAGAUGGCUAGUCAUUUUAUUCCCGUUAAUUUACAGUUGACUGUAAAAUAUGGAGUCUGGACAGUUUGCUUUGAGGUUCCUGGUCUUUCAGCUUUUAUUUAGAAUCCUUUAAAAAAGUGAAAUGUACAGAAUUUGCUAGGCUGGAGCCAAUGAUAACAUUCUCCAAUAAGUAAUAUUUUAUGACUAAUAAUGAUGUCACUGUUGCCAAAUAGCAAAAUGUGGUUCAACAUUUUUUUUAUUUUUUAAUGUCUUUGUUUUGUUGUUUUCACUUUAAAUUCAUCUUUGUUAUGUCGGUGCUUCUACCGUGAAGAUGGUGUGAUGUUGGGGCAUUGCGACAACAUUUAAACAACACUGCUAGGAGGCUAUGGGUUACCUGUAUUUUGUAAUGAUUCCUGCUGUGUACUGUUGGUGAUACAAAUCAUCUGUCAUUUUAAACAAUUUACUUUUUAAGGUGUGGGUGCUUUCAGCUGUCCAAAUCUUCACCAAAGCCAAAACUAAUGCCUGAGAAGCAGGCCUAAUGUCCACAGGGUGCACCAAAAGUCUGGUCUCCUAGGAAAUACAUACUUAACUUAUAGAUAGACUAGUAUUAUAUGGCUAAUAUGAAAGAUCCUCAAUUAUUACUGUUUUUGGUAUUGUGUGUUGAGUAGCUGUCUACUAACAAUUAGUUGACAACCUGAAAGAAAAUGUCUGUUCUGCAUUUACACAUAUCUAAAAAAUAUUGGAACAUUUCUCACCAAUGUCACCAGCACAGACAAUAGCAAAUUUGAGUCCAGAAAUAUUAGGAAUGAGUGAACAAUGAUUGUUGCAAUGAUUAACUUCCUCUAAGAUAAAUAUCUUGAGACCAGACUUUUGGCACAUUUUGGGUUUUGAAUAGUAAAGUGUAAAGGUUCAUUGUACAGGAGGGGCAUAGUGGCAUUGAGAUUGCUUUAAGAUUGUCUGUUUUUGAUCUAGUUGCAGUUUAAGCAUUUAUCUGGUGAGACACUUAGCAGGAUGUGAUGUGGAGAAUGAACAGAGGCCUAGUGGUAUGGGGAAGGGUGGCAGAGCGUGGGAUAGCUUUGUCCAUUGCCCUUAUGACCUUCUACUCUGAGUUUUUAUUGGGACAGAAUCCCUCAUUUUAUGUCUGUUGUGUUUGGGAAGCUCAGAUUCCAUGCAAUAUUGGUGCACACACACGCACACACAGCAUACUCAGCAACACACACAAGUGAACACACCCACUCAAAAGAUAAAUGCAAAAUCACAUUACAUAAAAUAUGUACAGUACACAAAAACUCAGACACAUACACACACCACUGCUUUAACUAAAGCAAUUAAGGCAUAGUAAGAAAGACUCCCCAGCUUACUAUAAUAACAUUGUCAAAAUGUUGCUGUAGCAACAUUGUCAUGUGAGGUGAGGGCAAUGCUUAGACCACUUCUUAAUGGCUUGGUCCCUUUCUGGGAUUGUCCAUUGUGAUUACAUCAUUGGUCCUUCCCUUGCUGUGUGCAUGCAUUAUUUGUGGUACAGUACAUUUUAUUUGAGAACUUUGGCACAAUAUAUUUACAGUUUUUUUAAAUAGUUUUUUUCCCCCCCUCUGAAUUUUCCUAGCGUGUGAAAGUGCUUUUGUAAUAUGCAUAAGAAUGUCAAGAUUGUCUGAAACUCAGUUAUGAUGUCACAAUUAUUUCUUAUAAAUUUUAGUGGUAUCAUGUUCUUUUUCUUCUCUUUAUGUCUGCUAUUUCAAUUAUGACUGCUAUUGAGAAUGGGCGGUAGGGAAAAAUUUUAAGCAUUUAGAAGUGUGUUCUCUUCUGGAUUUCCUGUAAUGUUUGCACAAUAUAAAUAUUUAUAUUUGAGAUACUGUAAGAGUAAAUGAAUUAAUAAUAAAGAAAUCAUUCUGGCGGGGCCUGGCAGUGGUGGGGAUAGUUUGGGUUAACAUACUCUGAAACAGGGUUUUAGCAAUAAAAUGUACUACUGAUUUGAUUAGAUUUUGUAAGAUUAGUUCCCUCUCUCUGAUGGGAGUACUGUAUAACUGUGGGGCGUCACACACACCUUCCUGGACAUAGUGUCACAAUGAUGCUGUAGUUUUCAUUGGCUGGGUCUUACUUUAUAGACGGAGUGUUGAAAAAGCUGGGGGCCAUCUUUUUUGUUUUGUUUUUUAUUUUUUUUUUUUUUUGCAGAUGGCGCCUUAUAUCUGAUUUUCCAAGUACUGUCACGGUUUAUGUUUUUAAAAUGAUGAGCAUUACAAAUGUCUUGUUUUUUUAAAUAAAUAAAAAAUAAAUGAAAUGUGUUCUCUGUG